UCACCUCAAGCUUCUACAAAAGAUCCAACUUAAAGUUCAAUAAUCUAAGUGAUAAUCACUUAAGCUACUCCAAGUUUCUUCUUUGUCUCACACAAGUAUUAAUAAGCUUUAGAAAUGGCAACAGCAUCGUUCAACAUGCAAUCAGUCUUCGCCGGUGGAUUGACCACUCGCAAGAUCAACACCAACAAGCUUUUCUCCGCCGGUAACUUCACUAACCUCAAGAGGAAUUAUCCGGUGGGAGUGAGAUGCAUGGCUGAGGGAGAGCCCAAAAACGAAGACUCUGCACCAGCACCCUCUACCUCCGCGGCUCAGCCGUUGCCGAAGUCGCCAUCCCCUCCUCCUCCUACUAAACCUAAGGUGAGCACGAAGUUUAGCGACUUGCUAGCGUUCAGCGGUCCAGCACCAGAGAGAAUUAACGGACGUUUAGCUAUGGUUGGAUUCGUUGCGGCGUUGGCUGUUGAGCUAUCUAAGGGUGAAAACGUUUUCGCUCAGAUCUCCGACGGUGGCGUCUCGUGGUUCCUCGGUACGACGGCGAUCUUGACACUUGCGUCGCUUGUGCCACUUUUCAAGGGCAUAACCGCCGAGUCCAAGUCCGAUGGUAUCAUGACUUCAGACGCUGAGCUUUGGAACGGACGUUUCGCGAUGCUCGGUUUGGUGGCGUUGGCGUUCACUGAGUUCGUCAAGGGUGGGACACUCGUCUAAGGAAAAAAAAAUACUUUAUGGGGAGGAUGUUUUAUUACGAUUUUGCCCCUGUAUGUCUAUGUAAAGUAAUUUGUGUUUGAUACGUAUGUACUAGUGACAUUUUGAAACUUUGGGUUAAAAACACUUUAAAUUAGUGGUGUUGUUAGAAACGUUACGCGUUCAGAAAAAUUCA